UAUAUCUAUUAUCUGAUAUAUACUAUUAUAAGGACGUGCGAGGUAUUUGCCUUUUUGCAUGAUGUUUUAUAUUGGUAAACAAGUAUUCCUAGCUGUUAUUUUCACCAUGUAUUUUACAGAAGAUGCAGCCAUAGAAAAUGAAUUUCGCAUUUUAUUGAUUGGAAAAACAGGAGCAGGAAAAAGUACUACCGGAAACAGUCUUUUAGGAAGAGAAGUAUUCACUGCGGAUGUAUCGGACGAAUCCGUUACUAAAUAUACCACGUCUGCAAGGGGAACUUGCAAUGGUCGCCAUAUUGUUGUUUUUGAUACGCCAGGUUUCUUUGAUACUGAAGACGAUAAUGCAGUUAUACUGCAGGAAAUAUCUAAAGCAUUGACAUUUCCCGGCAUGCAUGCCAUCAUAUUUAUUCUUCAAAUAGGACGAAUGACUGCCGAAGAACAAAACACGAUAGAAAUAUUUAUGGACUACUUCGGAGAUGAAGUCAGCGAUUUUGUAAGUGUUGUCUUUACAAAUAAGGAUAGACUCCAAAAUGCCAAUACAAAUAUAAAAGAUUUUGUCGAAAACAAAGUAAAAAAAGACUCUCCUUUGGGUGCACUUCUACAGAAAAUAGACAAUCGUUACAUCUCACUCGGACUACAAAACACUGAACAAGACGUUUACAUGAUAAUCGAAAAUGUAUAUAAUACUGUUAGAAAUAAUGGAGGGAGGUUUUAUACACAUGAAAUGUACACGGAUGCUGGAAACAGACAACACGAAAGAGAACAGAUCUGGAUCAGAAAAGAAAAGAGGAAGAGAGGAACAAAAAAAAGCAAGAAAUAAUUGCUAAGGAAUA